AUGCAUCGCGUGGACACGUUACGGCAACGCGCACAAUGCUCGGAUGUGAACGCAUCACUUUCGGCCAAGUCGUUACCCGAGGCGUGGGAGCAGCUGUGCCAGGCUCACGAACGUCUCAGCUCGCCCAAACAGAAUGGGCUGGAGCAGCUCGCAGACUGGAGAGCAGAACACGAUUAUGAGCAUCAGGACUGGUACCUGGCGUUUGUGCUGCACGAGACACAAGCCCUGUUGCAGCAGCUGCACGAUAUGAUCGACUGGCAGGCCAAGACGCUCUCCGUGGUGACCUUAUGCAAAGAAUAUGCAAGCGACAUCACGCAGAGCAGCGCAGAUCAAGUUGUAUCCAUUUAUGAGGAGGUGGCCGAGCUGCAGAAGAAAAUUCAGGCAACCACAGCAUUCUUGGCUUUUGUGUCAGACGACAUGCGAGCUGGUAUACAAGCCAGCCUUGAUGAAGAGAAGGAACGACUAUCGACGUUGCAGCAGCAGCUAUCGAAGGCAACACAGGUGGACCAGGGCGGCCGAGCACCACUGCACUAUGCCUGCUAUAACGGCCAUGUCAAGGUGGUGGAGACGCUGUUGGAGCACGGCGUUGAUGCUGAAGCCAAGGACGAGCGGGAGCCACCGACACUGACACAAUGCAUUCGCGUGGGCACGUUACGGCAACGCGCACAAUGCUCGGAUGUGAGCGCACCACUUUCGGCCAAGUCGUUACCCGAGGCGUGGGAGCAGCUGUGCCAGGCUCACGAACGUCUCAGCUCGCCCAAACAGAAUGGGCUGGAGCAGCUCGCAGACUGGAGAGCAGAACACGAUUAUGAGCAUCAGGACUGGUACCUGGCGUUUGUGCUGCACGAGACACAAGCCCUGUUGCAGCAGCUGCAGGAUAUGAUCGACUGGCAGGCCAAGACGCUCUCCGUGGUGACCUUAUGCAAAGAAUAUGCAAGCAGCAUCACGCAGAGCAGCGCAGAUCAAGUUGUAUCCAUUCAUGAGGAGGUGGCCGAGCUGCAAAAGAAAAUUCAGGCAACCACAGCAUUCUUGGCUUUUGUGUCAGACGACAUGCGAGCUGGUAUACAAGCCAACCUGGAUGAAGAGAAGGAACGACUUUCGACGUUGCAGCAGCAGCUAUCGAAGGCAACACAGGUGGACCAGGUGGCAGCACUGGCAGAGCUACUGCACCAACACUUUCCGGCCCUCUUGAUCUUUUUGCACCCUGAGCACAGUGCAUUGGGUGUACAACUCCGCAAAGUACUUGGCCCCGACCUUCCAGCCAGUCUGAUCUUGGAGGCCAUGACCGAAGUGGACCAAGUGUUGACGCUCUCCAGCCUGGGUCAGCUUGAGCUCCAUUACAACCAAAACCACAAGACGGUGCCACCUGCUCGUUUACCCACGGACCAGCUUGCCGACCAAUGCACAUGGGAUGCAGGGGCAGGAGGUGCAGAAUGCAGUUUUCCGCACUUGGCGGCUGAGAUGUGCAAUUCGACGAGCGAGUUGUACAAGGAAACACGGGCCUUGCUUGCAACAGAUCCAAAGCAGCGGCCAAUUCUCUUCAGCGCCGGGCAAAGAGUGCAGCGACCUGUCACGACUCAAGCUGUUGGACCAGCCAUUGACGUUUUGCGCGACGCACCCGAGCUCAUCCCAGAGGUGGUUGAGCUGCUACAGCAGCUGGGUGCUGACGGGCGGGAGCCAAGCAACAUUGCAGUGCGGCGGGUGGAGCGUGUGCAGAACCCCGUGCUGUGGGAACGGUACAGCGCCAAGCGAUGGGAGAUGCUGCACCGCAUUACAAGUCAGGAGCACUAUGAUCAACUUCAUACGGCCACAGUAGAUGCGCUCUCGGGCUGUCCAGCUUUGCUUCGAGAUACAACCUGUCAAGAACGCUUGUUGCUUCACGGCAUCCCCCCUGACACAAUGUUGCGCGACAAGAUUGUGCGCCUUGGCUUUGACUAUCGUUUCGCUGGUCGCAGCUCAGGCCACAAUUAUGGACUUGGUGUUUACUUGGCCGAUCAUCCCGGCAAGGUUGGCUGGACACCACUGCACUGGGCCUGCCAAAACGGUCGUGUCAAGGUGGUGGAGAUGCUGUUGAAGCACGGUGUUGAUGCUAAAGCCCAGAACUACUAUGGCUAUACACCACUGCACAUGGCCUGCGGUAACGGUCAUGUCGAGGUGGUGGAGAUGCUGUUGCAGUACGGUGCUGAUGCUAAAGCCGAGGACGACCAUGGCAAAACGCCCCUUGAUCUCGGACGUCAAUACGGGCAUGGCGACAAGCUGGAGCCCGUGUUUGCUGCUCACGAGGCUCGCCUAUCACAACCAUCCGCACCCCUCGCUCCGCCCACGCCGGCACCGCCUCCCGCCUGGCUACCGCCUCUGCCCACCACCCCCACCCUCGAGGACAUGCUGGCAGCGUGCCCCGCUCCACCCACCACGCCAGUGAUCGCGCCCAAGAAGCCACCCACCGACCUAGCUUCGGCCCUGAGCAAAGUCAUCGUUCUGAGCGGCGUGGAACCCAAGCGUCAGGAGCUGCUCACCAGCGCCAACAGCAACCUCAAGCGCCUGGUGCUGGCCUUGAUCGAUGCCCUGGGCGCCGUGGCAAGAGCGGGAACCACCGACACGAUUCAUCGCGUGGAAACGCUACGGCAGUGCGCGCAAUGCGUGGAUGCAAGUGCACCUCCUCCAGCUGAGACAUUGCCCGAGGCCUGGGAGGAGCUGUGCCAAGCUCACGAGAAGCUGAGCCUGCUCGAGCAGAACGGUCUCGAGCAAAUUGCUCAGUGGCAGCCACCUCCAGACUACGAGCAUCAGAAUUGGUACCUGGCGUUUGUGCACCACGAGUCGCAAGCUCUGCUGCAGCAGUUACAAGACAUGAUCGACUGGCAGGCCACGACGCUCUCCAUGUUGGACUCGUGCAUGAGGCACGUGGACAGCUUGACCCAAGGCGUCGAUGAUGAAUCGGUUGCUGCCAACGAGGAACUGACCAAGGUGGAGACUGAGGUUCAAAACAGCAGCGCAGCUCUACAGCUCGUGCCCGAAGUUCUUCGGUCUGCUCUCGAGCAAGAACUGAAAAAGCUAGAAACGCGACGCGACAACUUACGACAACAAUUAUCAGUUCAGCCACACGUGGACCACGUCGCAGAGCUCGCCCAGCUGCUGCAUCAGCACUUUCCAGCGCUGCUGGUUUUUCUGCACCCUGAACAAAGCACGCUGGGAGCACGGCUCCGCACUGUGCUUGGCCCCGACCUUCCAGCCAGCCUGAUCUUGGAGGCCAUGACCGAAGUAGACCAGGGUUUGACGCUAUCCAGCUUGGGCCAGCUUGAGCUCCAAUACAACCAAAACCACAAGGUCUACAAGGCCCGUGCCGCACUUCCAGAGUGCCCUGAACAAGAAUUGGCUGUCAAGGAGUACGCUUUUGCUCGGCAACACAAGCAGGACCAGUGCCGUACGUUUCUGCGCGAACUCCGCGCCAUGCGCCAGCUUGAGCACCCACACAUCACUCCGGUCCUUGGCGCGCUUGUGGAUGUGCACAGUGGCCACCCCAGCGCCUACUUGGUGCAGCCGUGGUGUGCACAGGGGGAUCUGCAGCAGUGGCUCAGCAAGGCACGGCACCUGGCCACCUCGGCUGUCAUUGCAGGUUUGAUGAAUCAGCUGCGCGCGGCCCUGGCGUUUAUGCAUAGCAGGGGCCUGGUGCAUCGGGAUGUCAAGCUGAGCAACAUCAUGCUGGACGGUGCAGAGGACCAACCUGUUGUGCGGCUGGGCGAUUUUGACAUUGCCAAGGCCGCCGCUGAAGCCACCAUGCUACCAUGCACGGCCACCGCAUCGUCGGGCACGGCGGGCUAUGUGGCACCGGAGGUGCUUUUCGGCCAGGGUCGAGUGGGGGCGCGUCCAGCACAGGAUGCCUUUUCCUUUGGCUGCGUUCUCUACAACACCUACAUGUACCCACAAACGGUGCCGCCGGCUCAGUCGCGAACCGAUGAGGUUGUGGGUCAUUGCAGAUGGAAUUUCCAAGCGGGAGAUGGUGCCUUUAGCUUUCCUCAUCUGGCGGCCGAGAUGUGCAACGUGGCAAGCGAUUUGUACAAGGAAACGCGAGCCUUGCUUGCAGCAGAUCCGAAACAACGGCCAAGCCUUUUCAGCGCCGGGCAGAUUGCAGAACGACCUGUGGCCGCCCAAGUCGGGCCAGCCAUUGACGUCUUGCGCGAUGCGCCCGAGCUCAUUUCAGAGGUGGGUGAGCUACUGAAGCAGCUGAACACCGGUGGGCGGGGACCAGCGAAUAUUGCAGUGCAACGAGUGGAGCGCGUGCACAACCCCGUGCUGUGGGAGCGCUACAGCGCCAAGCGACGAGAGAUGUUGCAUCGUAUCGAAAAUGAAGAGCACUAUGAUCAGCUCCAAACGGCCACAUCAGAUGCACCCUCGGGCUCUCCAGCUCUGCUUCGCGAUGCAUCCUGUCAAGAGCGCCUGCUGCUCCACGGCAUCUCCCCUGACGCAAUGCUGCGCGACAAGAUUGUGCGCUUGGGCCUUGACUAUCGCUUUGCCGGCAGCAGCGCUGGACACCGAUUCGGUCUUGGUGUUUACUUGGCAGACCAUCCCAGCAAGAGAGGCGAGACGGCCUUCGAUGCUGGACGUCGACGUGGGCAUGCCAACAGGCUGGAGCCCGUCUUCGCUGCCCACGAGGCUCGCCUUGCACAGCUAUUUGCCUGGCUGCCGCCCUUGCCCAGUCCUGCACCGUCCCUUGAGACGACGGCCGCUGUUGUGGUGUCGGUGGAAGGCUGGCUCAGACCGCUCCUGCCCGAGCAAUCCACCACUCACCCCCUCCCGCACCUCGAUGCCUUUAUCAGCGGUGCCAUCAAGCGAAACUCUAAUCUCGCAGCAAUGGUUACGAAGAUCCAGAACACCAUCGAUGAAGCUCCACCAGUGUUUCCUGCCUUGAACUGGCCUGCCUUCAAAGCGACCAUCACCCGCGCCCUCGGCGUCCUCGACCAAGCAGUGCAAGUUCCCAAAGCGCUACAGGGCUGCCUCAGCCAGCUGGACCCCAACAUUGACAAUCUAGAAUCGGUACUUGAAAAGAUGCAAAGUCUAACAGAGCAGAUUGAGCUCCAACCAGUAUAUCUUGAACUCCAGAACAUCUUGGCAAAAUGUCCCGCUCCAGCCACCGCGCCCACGACUGCGUUUGAGACGCCACCCACCGACUUUGCAGCAGCUCUGGGCAAACUCGUCAUGCUGCACAAUGUGGAACCCGAGCGCCAAGAACGGCUUACCAGCACUGAUACCAAUAUCAAGCGGCGGGUGCUGGCAUUGAUUGAUGCUCUGGACGCCGUGGCAAGGGCGGGUACCACCGACACUGACACAAUGCAUCGCGUGGACACGUUACGGCAACGCGCACAAUGCUCGGAUGUGAGCGCACCACUUUCGGCCAAGUCGUUACCCGAGGCGUGGGAGCGGCUGUGCCAGGCUCACGAACACCUCAGCUCGCCCAAACAGAAUGGGCUGGAGCAGCUCGCAGACUGGAGAGCAGAACACGAUUAUGAGCAUCAGGACUGGUACCUGGCGUUUGUGCUGCACGAGUCGCAAGCCCUGUUGCAGCAGCUGCAGGAUAUGAUCGACUGGCAGGCCAAGACGCUCUCCGUGGUGACCUUAUGCAAAGAAUAUGCAAGCAGCAUCACGCAGAGCAGCGCAGAUCAAGUUGUAUCCAUUCAUGAGGAGGUGGCCGAGCUGCAAAAGAAAAUUCAGGCAACCACAGCAUUCUUGGCUUUUGUGUCAGACGACAUGCGAGCUGGUAUACAAGCCAACCUGGAUGAAGAGAAGGAACGACUUUCGACGUUGCAGCAGCAGCUAUCGAAGGCAACACAGGUGGACCAGGUGGCAGCACUGGCAGAGCUACUGCACCAACACUUUCCGGCCCUCUUGAUCUUUUUGCACCCUGAGCACAGUGCAUUGGGUGUACACCUCCGCAAAGUACUUGGCCCCGACCUUCCAGCCAGUCUGAUCUUGGAGGCCAUGACCGAAGUGGACCAAGUGUUGACGCUCUCCUGCCUGGGUCAGCUUGAGCUCCAUUACAACCAAAACCACAAG